GCGCUGGCCGGACCCGGGGUCGCUUUCCGGGCACGACGCUAAACGGCGCCAAGUUAUUCGGGUGACUCGAGGCUACGAGCCCCAGGCGCUCGGCGCGGCGGCGGCCCGGGUCACGCCCACGGCGGGGAGCAGCGCCCGCGGCGCGCAGGGACCGCCGCCUCCCGCCCGCCGGCCGCGCCGCAGGGCUCAGGGCAGAGUCGGAGGCUCCGCUCCGGGCACCGGGCCGCAGCGGACGCGCCGGUACUUCCCCGAGCGAGAGCCGCUGGAGCCCGCCCCUUCCGCUCCAGCCCGGAACGGAGAGUCGGAGCACCGCGUUUCCGGACCGACCUUGUCGGCAGUCACUUCCGCCCGGGGGCUGCAGUACCCGAGGCCCUUUGGCAGCGACCCGGAAAGGCACUUCCGGGGUGUGUUGCCCAGGCGCCGGCCGAGUCGGGCUGGAGGGACGACGUCCCGGGGUCGCCGUCUCCCCGUUGUGGGGCCGCGAUGUCGGGGCUCAGCCACCCAGAGAUGGAGGGCUGUCGUAACCUGCUCGGCCUCCUGGACAACGAGGAUAUCCUGGCCCUGUGCGACACCAUCACCAACCGCCUGGUGCAGCCUGAGGACCGCCAAGAUGCCAUUCGUGCAAUAUUAGUAUACAGUCAAAAUGUAGAAGAACUUUUGAGGCGUAAGAAAGUCCACCGAGAAGUCAUAUUUAAGUACUUGGCAACACAGGGGGUUAUUGUACCUCCAGCUACUGAAAAACACAAUCUUAUUCAGCAUGCAAAGGAUUACUGGGAAAAGCAAUCACAACCGAAAUUGAAGGAAACACCAGAGCCAGUUAAGACAGAGGACAUUAGACUGUUUCAACAGGAAAAAGAAGAUAAAAAAGCUGAAAAAGUUGAUUUUCGUCGAUUAGGAGAAGAAUUCUGUCACUGGUUCUUUGAACUUCUUAAUUCUCAGAAUCCUUUUCUGGGACCACCUCAAGAUGAAUGGGGGCCUCAGCACUUCUGGCAUGAUGUCAAGCUUAGGUUUUAUUAUAAUACCUCUGAACAAAAUGUGAUAGACUACUGUGGAGCAGAAAUUGUGAGCCUUCGUCUGCUGUCACUAGUGAAAGAAGAAUAUCUUUUUCUCAGUCCUAACCUAGAUUCCCGUGGACUGAAAUGUGCUUCUUCUCCCCAUGGUCUAGUUAUGGUUGGAGUUGCUGGGACUGUCCACCGAGAGAACACUUGUUUGGGCAUUUUUGAACAAAUUUUUGGACUCAUACGCUGCCCCUUUGUGGAAAAUACUUGGAAAAUCAAAUUUAUCAACCUGAGAAUUAUUGGAGAGGCUUCUCUUGCUCCUGGAACAUUAAUGAAACCAGCUAUUACAUUUGAAUCCAGUGACCUAGAGGCCUUUUAUAAUGUAAUUACUUUAUGUGGUACCAACGAAGUACGACUUAAUGUGAAGCAGGCAUUGGAUAGUGGAACUGGAGACCAAGCUUAAUGCAGUGGACAUGAGACAUUGUUGAACAAAAGAGUUUACCCAACCCUCUAAAGCACUAAGUAUUGUAUGUCAGUCUAAAAAACCUUCUCUACAGAAACUCUUCCAAAUAGCACGUUAGUAAUGUCUAAGUGAUUUCAGGUGCGAGGAUUGACAUAUUUUACUUGAAAUAUCUUUUUUGACAACAGACUAAACAUGUUAUGUGAUACUUCCUCUUUCUACCUGAGUUGCAAAUGUUCUGAGAGCAAUGCAGUUAAUCAAAUUAAUCCCACUUGAGAUGGUAUAACUAACAGUGUGCCUUAGAAACCAGGUAAUAUUUUCAUUUUACUUAGUGAAUAUUCCACUAAUAUCUGUACUUUUUAGGUGGGAAAGGUUUAAUGUAAACUCAAAGUUAUCAUUUUAGGAAACGUGAGUGACAUUCUCAUGCAAGAAGUACAAUAAUUUAGCAGGUGGAGAAAAAUUUACUUUGCCUUUUUAAAAUUCAAGGAACAUUUUUUUCAUAGUUAUCUAUAGAUGUCCAAGCUAAAUAUCUUAAAAUCUGCGAUAUUUUCUGAACUCUUUGGGGCAGUGAUAAAUGCUAUUCUCAAAACAGACCUUAUUCUUAUCUAAGGCUUCAGCUAAUAGUUUUAUAGAGCAUUUACUGUAAUACCAUAUAAAGGAAACAUACUGUUGAAUUUUUUUAAAAACUGUGCCCAGUUCCUAAUUUAAAUGAAUUAUUGUUUUCCUCUUGAUCUUGGAAGAGGUGACCAAGAAACUCCAAAAAACAAAAAAUACACACAAAUUUAUAAUGUGGGCAUAUCAUUAUAUCUUAUAAUUGUAUCAUUCCCAUAUCAUAAAUUAAAAUUAAUAGGAUUUUUCACCUCUAAAUUGUUCUACUAGGUUUGAAUUACAGGGUUAAGUUGCCAGAUUAAUUACAUAGUUGCUUUAGAGUUUAAAUUCUUCAUCACUUGGCAGCUACUUGCUGAUCUUGGAUUUAGUUGGUAAUUUUAAUUUACAAAAAUUCCAUAUGGAAAAAAUUCAGCUGGGAAUUGUUGUGAUGAUGUUUUCUACAUGUUAAUUUUUUACCUUUAACUUUUUACGUGAUCAUCUAGGGUAACAAGAAUUUUGGAAGCAGAAGGAAGAAACUCAUCCUUUUUGUUAUUUUAAUGCCAUGCCUUUUAUGAGGAGUACAAAAUGACACAUCCUAAAAUAAGAACUUAAUAAAGGAGGGAAAUUCCUGUUGUCUGCUAAAAGAGUAGUAUAUUGUUUAGACUUAAAGUCAGGUAAUUGUUUUUUUCCUUUAAGUGUAGAGUGUUAUUAUAACAUGUACUCAAUAAAUAUCCUAAGUAAAGGAUAAAAAUUA